AUGCAGGAGCUGCCGCCGCUGCAUCUGCUGCAGCCGCCCCACGACACGCUUCUGCUAAUGCCUUCCUUGGAGCAGCCCUCGAACCCCGAUGAACAGCAGCAGCUGCUGCAGCCUGAGGAGCUGCAGCACCUACAACAACAACAGCAAGGCAUGCCGUUGUCGUUACAACCACUUCUAGCUACAGCAGCGGAGCAGCAAAGUGGCGAUGACCCAUUGGAGCUGCUGCAGCCUGCCCUCCUGGCGAGUGAGGUGCCUCUGCAGCCGCCGCUGCCUACCCCUGGAAGCAACAGCAGCAGCAAUAGUAGUAGCAGCCGGGAGCUUUGUCACCCGUCUGUAGGAGUAUCCGACCUCGCAACAUCCACCACUGCAUCCUCCGGCAGCCACAGCAACAGUAGUAGCAGCCACAGCAGCAGCAACAACAAAAACUGCGAAGGAUACAGCUGCAGCACCAAACCUGCGGCGUCGCCUUCGCGACUUCUUGAGUACACUGCAUGUCGGGGCAGCGGCGGCAGCAGCAGCAGCACUGGCAACUUACAUUUGGGGGAUGGCACGACUUUCUUAGUGUCUGCUACCGCUACAUCUCAUGCUGCUACAGCGGCUACCAGGUCAGCUCCUGCUGCUGCAGCUGCGGUCACAGGAGUUACAACUACCGAAACAGCUCCUGCAGCAGCUGUUGCCGAAUCCCCCGCUGCAGUUAUUCCUGUUGCUGCUGAAGCAGGCGUCGGUGCCGGGGCAGCUGCUGCCGAGGCGGGGUUGCAUGAAGACAGCCCACGAGAGGCGGCAGCAGCAGUAGUAGUAGAAGCAGCAGCGCCUAUUCCGAGUGCAGCAGUGGCAGAUGUAUCUGCAGCAGCAAGUGCUGCUGCAGCUGAAGUUACCAGUGCAGCAGCUCUGCCCAACCCAGCAGCAGAGGCGACUGCCAGCAGCAGCAACCGGCGGGUUCACCGUAGCCGACGCCGCAAGGGAGGCACCAGCAAGGGUCACAAGAAGAGUUCUGCUGCUGCUGCAAGGAGGAGAUGCCUUUGCUGUAGCAACGUGCGCUUGCUCCCCACCCAGCAGCCUCCCCUAUCACUUUUGUGUGGGGAACAAGCGCUGCUGCAGCCGCGGGCACACCAGAGGCAGCUGGAUUUUCCGCUUUUGCUGAUGCAACAGCAGCAAGAAGACAUGCUUGACUUUGCUCUUGAUGAGGCAAAUUUGCUUCCUCUACAACAACCAGGAAUCAAGAUCCCUCCCUUUGCCAAUGCGCUGGAACAGGCUGCAGCAGAGGCUGUCGCUGCCCACCGAGACAUCUUUCUUUGGUUUUCCAAGGGCGUUGAGCCCGUGAGCUUCCAGCGCAGAGCCCAGAAGAGGUCUGCUGCCUCUGCUUCCGCUGCGACUGCCGCUUCUGGUGCAAAGGGAGCAACAAUUCACGAAGUGUUCGCAGGAUCUGCUGCAGCAGAUGCCCCCCAAGGCGCCAAAGACACUGCCGCUGCUGUAGCUGGCGGCAACAGCGAUGGCUGGAGCGCAGCAGGGGAUGCUGCAGAGAGGCAGAAUUCAAUGGGAACCGCUGAAAUACCAGUGGCAGUAGUAGCAGCACCAACAGAAGCGUUCCCGUCUGCUUCUACUGCUUUUUGUGAGGAGGACCUUGAGGAAGCAGCAGCGGCCGCUGCUGCUGCUGAAGCGCAGAAGACGCAGGAGGUGGUGGAGGCCCUACCUUUGCUGCAAAUCCUUGAGACGUUGCUGCACCGCCACAUGCUGCAGCUGGAACGGCAUAGGGAGCCGCUGCUGCCUCGCCAGAAGCGGCAGCUACUGCUGCUGCUGCUGCUGCACCUCGUGCGGGUGAGGCCGCAGCUGCGGCCGGCGCUGCUGGACCCCCACGUCUCCGUGGAGAGCAAGGAGAAGGUGCUGUCUUUGCUGCUGGUGGAGGUGUUGCUGCAGACGGGGGAGCAGCUGCAGCAGCAGUGCUCACACGUCGUACAAGUGGCAGAGGCAACGGGCAGCAAGUGUGUUGCAGCAGCAGCAGCGGAGGGAACCAAGAUGGGAACGCGGCUGCUGCAGCUGCUGCAUCGCCUGGGGUCUCGAGGCACUGCUGCUCGCAACGACCCCAACAUUACUGGAGCCCGGCAAGCGUUGCUGCAGACAGUAACGCAUUUGUGGGAGCAGCAGCAGCAGCUGCAACAGCAGCCGCAGCAACAUCAGCAGAAGCAAGCCGCCCAGACGUUGUUGCAGGUGGUGUCGCGUGUGGAGUCCUUGCCGGCGAAUUUGUUGCAGCAGCUGCCGAAGCAACUGCACAGCCUCCGCGGCCAGGCGCACAUGCUGCAACACCUGGGGGUGCAGUUGCUGCUGACGCAGAGGCAGCCACAGAACGAGGACGCUGACGCUGCUGGUGGUCCUGCUGCUGUACCCAGUGCAGCGAAGAAUGCGACGCCAGCUUCUGGUGCGGAUGGCCAACAGACUCCGCUGUCGGUUGCACCGUCUCAGCAGCAGCAACAGCAGCAGCAGCAGCCAGCGGAUGCCGGGCCUUCUGCAGGUCCGCGGGUCGUGGAUUCUACAGUGAAGGCUGGGGAGCAGCAGCAACAACAGCAGCAGCAGACCAGCGGCAGCAAGAGCAGCCCUGCGGCUCCACAGCCGAAGAAGGCGUCAAGAAAAGGCAAGCGUUGA